AUGGCAUCCAAAGUGAUCGUUAUUGCGUGCUUGUGCGUCGCACUGGUAGUGUUUGUACAGAGUGCUCCGCAAUAUACGUCUGGUGAGGUGCCUGAAUAUGACGAAGAUGAUGGAGCGGAUGAACCGGUUCAGUCUCAUUCGAGUAGCAAUACUGACGAUGAUUUAGAUGGUUUUGAUCCUAAUCUGCUGGAUCAGCCGUACGCUAAUGCACCAGAAAAUGCCGACCCUGGACGACGUCCCGAGUUCAUUAAAGAUUUGGGCAGCGACACCCAGUCGGAUUCGUCGGCUUCAGAUUCAACCGGAAAUUAA